UUUUUUUUUUUUUCCUUUUUUUUUUUCGGUCCCCUCCUUCACCUCGUGUUCACCCACCCCCGACAACCUUCCUUCCUCGGCAACUACGUUAUUGAUCAACUCCAGUACCCGCACACAUGAGUUCGAGCCAGGCCGCACUUGUUCCUGCAAGCACCGAGCAAGCAAAACUCGAACAAGCAAUCGCUGAACUGACGCAAGCUCUGGCAGCUGACCGAGCUGAACGGCAGGGGCUUCGGCAGCUUGCUGAUGCCGCUCGUGCAACAGGACUCCUUCAAGACGCACAGCAGUAUGAGACUCGCGCAGACACCAUCCUGGCAAUCAUCAACACGACGAGCGAGCGUCUGAACCGUCUGGAAGCUCGUCUCAACCCAGCCCCAGCCGCAGCCCUCCAAGUCUCGAGUGAAGCCCCGUUUGUAUGCGGCAAGCUGGCCGGCACCCACGAGUCGUACAAAAUUAUUCACAGUCUGGAUGUGAAGACGAUCUUCACCGAGCUGUGCAGUAUGAAUGCAGGCCGUUGCGAAGGCGCACGUAUCCAGAAAGUGUUGCAUCAGCGCAUUGUGAGCGUGCCUGGCUCCCAAAACAUCAGUGAAGAGGUGGUGCUCGACCUUAAUCCUGGCGACCCGGUCAAAAACGAGGCAGAAAUCGUGCUCGUACCACAUUUUCACCAGUACGUGUUCGUGUUCCGCACUCUUGCUCAAGAUCAGUCUUUGCGCGUCCUGGCCAAGUCCCUUGCGAAGAACAUGCACGACACGUCUGAACAGAGCAUCCCCAUCUCGGGUCAUGUGCGACGCAUCUCGUCCAUCGAUUUGGAAGUGACCAUCCGCGCGCCGUUCAAGAGACUCAUCGACGAUGUGCUGCACCGAUUCCGGAACGCUCCUGAACAUGUGCCUCAGGGCAGAAACGUGUCAAUUCAAGUCGAUGAGCCGCGAUACACCAAGGGCAUCGGAGUGCUGCAUUCGCACUUUGAGGUGCUCAAGUAUGGCGGAGACCUGCGUCGAGCUGAUGGCAUGCCCAGCGAUGAUGAGCCAACUUCAGAUGUGUGGAGUCUCGCAUCGGACGACGUCGCAGCCAUGUACCCGUUCUACAAUUAGGCACAUGUCAUUCCAAGUUUGCAUAUUCCCCAGCCUGACAGUUUUGUUUUGAGAAUGAAAAUUGUUCAACUCUACCCCGACUUGCACUGUUUGACUGAUCAACAAGCUUCAAACAAAUCCAAAAAUCUUUUCGAAUCCU